AUGCAGCAGUGGACUCAGUUUUUCAUAACAUACCUCAUUAACAAACUCUCCGGAAAUGAAAAAUGUCACCAAUAUCUGGAUAGGAUUAAACGAAUACUUGAAAAAGUCGGUUCGCAUGUUUUCAGUCACAUACCUUACAACCCUGGUUUUGGAAUAGCAUUUAAAGUAGUCGAGAUAACAAUUACGUUUGUUUGGAGUUACAUGGAUGUGUUUAUCAUGACGAUUGCUAUUGCUUUAGCAGCAAGAUUUCGUCAAAUAAAUGAAAGAAUAAAAAGAAUUUUAGAAGAUAUACAAGAAAAACAAAAAUCAACCCUUGAAGAAAAUGACAAUGUUGAUACAAAGGAUACAGAACAAAAACAAGAACAAAAUGGCGGAUUAUGGAUGGGUAUCCGAGAAGAUUACAACAGUUUAUGUCAAUUGACAGCUGUCAUUGACGAAUCAAUAGCUUAUAUUAUCCUUCUGAGUUUUGCGAAUAACUUGUUUCUGAUAUUGGUGCAACUUUUACACAGUAUUGAUGUCACUUUUUCUACGGUGACGAGGCACAAAAAGUGGUAUUUUAAACACGGGUGGUCAAAACCGCAACUAAAAUACUUUAGUCACGAGCCACAAGAGAAAACACGCGUCAUUGACAGAUUAUACUUCGUAUAUAGUUUUGGAUUCCUCAUUUUACGCACAUCUGCAGUAGCAAUGACAUCCUCACAGAUUUAUGUAGAAAGCACGCGGCCAUCUUGGUUCCUAACCACGCAACUACCCGAAGAAUAUUGCGACAGUGAAGUGGAGAGACUACUAACACAGAUACAUGCAACCGGUGGUUGUUUCCUAACCGGAAAUGGUUUCUUCAAAAUAAAAAAUUCUUUAAUUUUAAGUAUUGCAGGCGCUGUGGUCAGUUACGAGCUUAUAUUCAUUCAAUUUCAUUUGUUAUCAUAA